AUGGUGAGAACUCCUUUUAUUGACAAAAAUGGAAUAAAAAGAGGUGCAUGGAGUGAAGAUGAAGACAACAAAUUAAGAGCUUUUGUUGAAAGAUUUGGUCAUCCCAAUUGGAGGCAAUUGCCUAAAUAUGCUGGUCUAAUGAGAUGUGGAAAGAGCUGCAGGUUGAGAUGGAUGAAUUACUUAAGGCCUAAUUUGAAGAAAGGGAAUUAUAGUCUUGAAGAAGAUCAACUCAUAAUUAAAUUACACAAUGAACUUGGAAAUAGAUGGUCAACUAUUGCUACAAAAUUACCAGGAAGAUCCGACAAUGAUGUCAAAAAUCAUUGGCAUGCUCAUCUUAAGAAACGUGUGACAAUGAAUCAGCAAAUUAUUGAUCAAUCUUCAGAGUCAACAGGCCGAUCUCAAAAUUCUUAUAAGGUUUUGGAACAUGAACAAGUUAUGAAAGAGGUGUCAGAUCAUCUUGUUCAUGAUACUUCAAUUCAUCUAGAAGUUUCAUCGAGUAAUCAUCAUGAUUUAUAUUCCGAAACUAGUUCCCAUGUAAAUGGAUUGGACUGGAUCGUAGAAGAUAAUAAUUACAUGAGAUCAAUGGAACCACUUCCAGACUCCUUUUCCUGGACAAUGAAUCCUAUCGACAAUUUUCAGACUGAACCUUUUGACCACAUUUGGACCCAAUACGUCGAUAAUUUCUGGACACAACCUUUCUUUUAAUUCUUAAUUAUA